UAUGGUGGAAGAUUAGGUAUAUAAAGCUACCGAAUGGGUAACGCAGUAAACAAAAACUCAAAAUGAAGAGGCUCCUUUUGUUACUUGUCGUUGUAGUGAAUUGUGUGACGAGCGUUCCUCUCAAGUCCAGCAUGGAGAGAGGUUUAAGAGGAAAUCCGUGGGAGAACAGUGGGAAAUUUCAAGGCGACAUGGUUUUCUCAAGAAAGCGGAAUGGGCUCAUUGACAACUACUAUCGCUGGCCGUAUGGAAAAAUCUGCUACACCAUUUCUCCAGGAUUUACUCAACCUCAAGUUGAUCAUAUCAAAAACGUCUACGCAAGUGGAUUCAGUGGUACCUGCAUUCAGGCUGUAGAGUGCCAAGAUUGCUGCAAUGGAGACUACGUGUAUAUAACAAAUAACCCAGAAGAUGGCUGCUACGCGAUCGUGGGAAGGGUGGGGGGUCCACAACAAUUAAACUUGGCCCUUAAUUGCCUUGAUGCGGGCACCAUUCUGCACGAAAUGACUCACGCUCUCGGCUUUUGGCAUCAACAAAGCACUCCAGAACGAGACGACUACGUCACGAUAUACCUAGAAAAUGUGGAGGAUGGAAAAGAAGGCAAUUUUGAUAAAUACGGUUCGGACUAUGUAUCCAGCUUUGACCAAGGUUACGAUUAUUGUAGCAUAAUGCAUUACAGUCAAACUGCGUUUUCGAAAAACGGCCAGCCGACUGUUGUUCCGAAAUGGCAAACAUCGUGUGAAUACGAAAUUGGAUAUGCUCAAGCUUUAAGCGCAGUAGAUAAACUUAAGAUUAACGCUAUGUACCAGUGUUAAGAAAUGGCUCAAUAAUAAGAUGAGCAGAUUUU